GUGAAGUAUCCCGGUACAAUAUGAAGACCCAAUGUUGGACUAGAUGACGAAAAGUGAAAUCAUGGGAUUUAAGUGGACUUGGGAUUAUUUUUUGUUGUUUUGUACGUGUUUGUGUAUUUUGGACGUGCAAGUGAAUGGGUUUAUAAGUGAUGACUAUAACAUUUUAACGACUUGCAGACUUUACUGUGAUAUAGAUGGAACGAUCUCAGAGAAGGAUAGCUAUUAUUGUAGCAGAGAAUGUCAAAUGCAUCAGUGUCACACAGGGUGCAGCCUAUACAAACAAGCCAUAAGUGACAACACAUGUUUCUCCACAUGUAAUAACCAGGUAACUCAGAGUUCUUCAAAAUCCGAGACAGAGUUGAAUAAUGUGGUGCAUUUGUUGGUCCAGAGCUGUAUUCAAGGCUGCAGCAGGGGCCUCGAUGAGUACUACAAGGACCUAGUUGGAUUCAUUGGAGGGAAACUUCCGCAAGCAAAUGUGAUAAACAAAGGGAUUACCCAUGAUUCUGUGGAACUGUCAUGGCCGCCUGAAGACUGGCAGAAUAACGUGACCUUCACCCUACAGACAUGCUUGGCUGACUCCGAGUCUGAUUGGCAGAACCAUGACGAUUAUAUGGUGCUUCCCUCCGGCAAUGUUAACAUCACAAACCUAUUGCCAUUUGUUACAUAUGAGUUUAAAAGAACAUUCCAUAUUACCUCUGCUCAUUCUGUAGAAACUGAAGAGUCAAAGCCGGUUACAACAUUGCCAUUUGGUGUUCCAUCCAGUACUCCCCGGAUAACCAGUCUGAUUGCUCCUUCCCCGACCACCAUUUCUGUUUCCUGGCGCUCACCAAUUCACACAAAUGGACCAUUGCUUAGCUACAGCCUCUCUCUUCACCCAUUGGCUGAAGAUGGUCAUGUGAUCAAUGUGGAUGUUCCGCCUCAGCGCACAUCAUGGAUUUUUGGACAGUUGUUAGCAGGACAGCAGUACGAAGUGCGGGUUUUGGGGGUGAAUGAAGAAGGGGAGGGACCUGAGAGCUCAAUGAAAGUCACAACACCAAUGCCAGGCAACUUGAGUUUGAAGGAGGCUCCGUACCUGAUUCUAGGGGCAGAAAAUUACGUCGUGAAGCAGCCACUACUUGAACUCACACGAGACUACGAUAAAAUUGCCAAGAGGCCUCGCAGCAUACUCGUCACAGCGGAGGCCACUGUGUUUGAAAGUAACUCAAGUUCUGAACUUGUGCAAGGUGUUGGUGUGCACGUUGCCAGGGAACAGGUGCUUGUAUCAGAUGACAGUGGGCGAGUAACUCUGGUUGACAUCAAUGGAACACUUCUUGCGGAGGACAUCUAUCCGUACCUUUCCCAACCAGCGGCCAUUGACGUUGACUGGCUGCAUAACUAUGCUUACAUCGCCGACAGCCAUAGGCUUUACCGAUGCAGUGUCCUGGAGCCAUUCUACUGCCAUAAUGCCAUGGAACUGUUCCCCUUUUCUCCAAGAGAGGUCAAGGUUGACCCCAUCACUGGGUACCUUUUUUACACUAUACACGAGAACAAGGGGGGUUUAUACAGGGUGGAUCUGGCAGACAUCAACACAUCAACUGAACCCUCCCCCACCCUCUUGAUAGAGGGUGCUAUUUCAACAUUUGCCAUCGAUCAUGAGAGUUUGCUUGUGUAUUAUCCAAACUCCAGCCAUAAUACAGUCAUGUCUGCCUUUCUGGAUGGCACAGGGGUCACUGAUACCAGAACUGGCUCAGUGGCACGACCUCACUUUCUAAAUAUAGACAGUCUGGUGAAGUAUGAUGGGAAAUAUUUUUGGACCAAUGGGACGAGAGUGUUCUCAGAAGAGUUUGAUCCAAUCAACAGGACUUAUUAUCACCACUCCUUGGCAUUGUUUGAGAGACAUUUUUCUGGAUUUAACCUGUGGUACCCGACCUCACAACCUGUGCCAGUACCUCUGAGCCCACCGAGACAGCUUGAGGUUCUGUUUACGUCCACCUCAGCCAGAGUCACAUGGCAUAAACCAGCCAGAACAUCAUACCAAGGUGAAGGAGCGUUUAGUAGUUGGAGCUAUGAGGUGGAGGUUGUGCUGGUGAGUGGGCUAAACACCCAGCUGCAUGUGACUUCAGGGCUCCAUCAGCACGUGACCGGGCUUCUGUCUGAUGCCCAGUACAGAGUCAGGGUGAGGGCCAAGUCCAGGGGCGGCAGGGGACCUUGGUCUGACAGUUUUAUGGGCUCCACUCUUCAACCAGAUGGUGACACUGCCAGACUGAUAGUUGCCGUACAGCAUGUGCAGCACAAGACUUGGGAGCUGCGAGAGGUCGGGCUAGACGGGACGAUGUAUGAAACCCGGGUGACGACCCCGCCCAUACAUCCCGGGGUUACAGACCUGACAUGGCAUGAGGACAAGCUAUUUUGGACAGACAACGACGGCCGAAUGUUCCUACACAAGGGAGGUAACCUUGUCCCCAAUCUGCUCAGCUUUGUGGAAGAUGCUCGCUGUCUGGCGUUUGACUGGCUUGCUCUGAAGCUAUACUGGUCUGUGUACAGGAAUGCUCAGAUCAAGAGAGCAGACAUGUAUGGCAACAAUGAAGAGUUCAUAUACCUUGCCCAGGCUAGACACAUGGCCUUGGACAGUGCUGAAGGUCGCCUGUACUGGGUUACCAUGACAACCGUAGAAUCCACCACCCUCAAUGGAAACGACCAUGUGGAAUACUUCGGUCUCGAGCCUUUCUCAAUAAACCAGAUCAUUAGUCUCACAAUUGAUCAUGAUCACAAGAGGCUUGUUUGGUAUGUGAAGGGUUUUGAGGAACAGUCGUUAUACGUCGCUGACCUGCUCACGAUGGGUCAGAGUGAUACAGCGGAUGUCAUCAGUUCUGUUACCUUGCUUGGAAAGAUUCAAGACAUCAACAGAUACUCCGUGCUGCAGUUCUUCAGUGGGCGGCUUGUGUGGUUGGGUGAGGAUCAGGCAGUGAGGGUGGGCGAUGCCCCUGGCAACCACACAGCAACCAUCACCCUUGAUAGACCCGCUACUAUGGUCACUGUUGUGCAUCCGACCCUGCAUCCAUAUCCUGCUGGUUUGAACUGCAGCACAGUGUGUGUGCUCCCACAAACCAUCUCACCCAGCUCAGUUGGUUGCCAGGGGGAGUGGUCCGAGUUCAACAUCACCUGGCAACAAUCAACAGAGGUCAACCAUGGCAACAUAUGGUAUGAGGUGGCUGUCGAGACCGAGGGGCAGUCCAAAAUUGUUGAGGUGGUUGAAAGGGCCUGGUACGCUGUCUUCGGUCUGGCCCCUUACUCUCAGGUGACUGUGGCCCUGCAGGCAUUCACUGUGUGGGGAGCUGGCCAGAGAAUCACUACUAACAUCAGGUCACCCAUGGCUGCCCCUAGCCAGCCUGUAGGACCCAAGGUCUAUGUUACACAGAGAAAGAAUGCUGCAUCCUCAAAGCAGACGCUUGCAGCUGACUUCCGCUGGUCGGAGCCAGCUGAGCUGAACGGCAUUCUCAGUCAACAACAUGUGUACUACUGGCAGAGUAACUCUCCCGACGACAGGACCAAGGCGAAUCUAUCACCAUCAGCUCGUCAUUUCAUACUGGACAAUUUACAGGGGAACAUCACAUAUUACUUCCAGGUGGAGUGCUGCACGGCAGUUGGCUGUGGGCCGCGAUCUGCUAUUGUCAAUGCCACCACUGAUGCGGUCAAUCCAGUUCCCAGGUUAAUCAUAGCAACCAAGGGCGGGAUAAUGGUUGGCGAGGCAGACAACAUUCGAAACACAUCAGUUACUAUGGCAACCAAGUCUGUUGUGGCUCUGGCCCAUCUCUCACAGGAGGAUCGCUAUUUCUGGAUCACACGAGAGGGUUAUGUGGAACAGUUUCCAAGCCAACAGAGGAAAAAAUUGCUGCAGUUGGACAGCGAAGGUCACCACAUGACUCUGGACUGGGUCAGUAGGUCACUGUAUGUCACUCGUAGCAACCAGUCACAUGGGGCUAUUUUUAGAUAUGAGAUGGAUAAAGGCAUUCACUCUGUUGUCAUAGAGAGGCCAGCUCCAAUAGGGAAAAUAGCAGUGGAUCCUUUUACUAGUUCCCUACUGUGGACAGAACAAGGUGAUACACACAGCUGGAGGAUCUACAAGUCCAAUACAAAUAAUCUGACCUUGACUGAAGAAUUCUUCUCUCAACCUCCCCCCGCCCGCCAGAGCCGUGACCUCACCCCACCUUGCAGCUGCCCGCGUGAUGUAAGGGUAGGACCAGGGGUCACAGUGGAUCUAGUGAAAAACGGGGGCACGGAGCUCGUAUUUGUGGAGUUGGGCUCAAUGUCUCUGAUUGCUGCCGACAUGCAGGGAUGCCAGUGUAGGGUUCUUCUCAACACAACUGAGAAGGACAGGAAAGGUUUGCCAGCCAGUCACAUGACAGUGGACCAUGUAAACUUAUACUGGUACCACUCAGACUCUAGUACUCUGUAUAUGCUGGACAAGGAAACAGGAAUGGUCCGGUCCACCAGCCUGCCACAUGUCACUGACAUCCUUGCCUUUGGAUCACAUCUUCAGCCACUCCCUGGGUCAGAGUGUCUUGAUGUGAGUCCCUAUGCUGACCCUGUUCACAUUGUGUCAUACACAAACACAAGUGUACGUGUGUGGAUGACCCCGGUCAGCUGGCCAGAGCAGUGCCUGGAAAUCAGCCAUCCCGCAGUACGGUACACCGUCUUUUACAAGGUUUUGGAUGAUAUGAACCCCUACAGUGACUGCAGCGAUCCAAACUACAUGUGUUCUCAGCAGUUCUCGUACACUGGUGAGCUGGAGAUUGAAGGUCUGACCCCAUACACGUACUACAUCCUACAGGGUGCAGUCAGUAGUCAGUACUCCCAGUACUCAGUACUCACCCUAGGGCAGGGAUCCACCUUGAGGACAAGGCCAGGGGUUCCAAGUAGAGUGGAAAAUGUCACUCUAGAACCGCAGAACCCGAACCUGGUGAUCGUGCGUUGGCCCCUGCCUGCCAAGCCCAACGGCCCUGUUGACAAGAUCGAGUAUUUUGUGCGGUGGUCAGCAGUUUUGCAGGACGGAGAGAAACGAUCCACUAUGUCGGAGGCCAUCACAUACAGCGACUAUCAGGAGGACAUGUAUGGGAGAUUUAGUAAAAGGAUUGAAAACCUCCUCCCUGACCAGACAUACUCAAUACAGGUGUUCAGCAACCAGACAAGUGGUGGUUACCUUACAGAGAGCUCCGCCAUGCAAGUCCACACAUUCCAACAGCCAAGCGACCUCGAACUUUACGAUGUGACAAACACUUCAAUCCAUCUCACCUGGCGCUCCCCGAGCGAUGAUGCCACUCAGAGGGUCACCAUUAGUUACCAACUGGUACAAGAGAACAUGUCAGACAUCUUCAUGAGCAGCCUUGAUAAUCUGCCGAUCCUGACAGAAAACAAUACGCUCUACAACGAAUCCUUUGAAGAUCUCAAACCGAACACAGAGUAUGCUUUCCAGCUCCAUCUUAUCUACAACUCCACCAUGUAUAACCUUUACCACUGGCCGACACAGGAGAGUGGCAUCCAAUAUGUCUUCAAAACACUGACGGGUAUCCCAGACUCCCCUGAUCCCCCGAUAGUAGAAGAGAUAAAGGAAGGACAAUAUGAGGUCAGAUGGGCCGAACCAGAGGAUAACGGGGAGGCCAUUCAACACUACAUACUGCAGUACAAGCUUAUAGACAAAGACAACUGGAGUGUGGCGUAUAAUACGACGGACCUGCGUUGGGUUAUAGAUGAGAGUGUGUUACAACGCGGUUAUACGUACCUGUUCCGUGUGCAGGCCAAGAACAGUAAUGGCUGGGGACCUGUCAGUCUCAACAGCACUCUCUUUUCUUUUCCAAUAUUGGAGGUGGAGCCUGAGGAUGACAUGGUUACUGUGGUAGCAAUCGUCUCUGCCCUCAUCUUUGUCAUCAUCGCCAUGGCAGCCAUCGCCAUCUAUUCAAUUUGCCGAAGGAGAAGAGAGGAGAAGAAAAAGCGCAAGGAGCGGGAAUUUGUCACGGUGGCACGUGGCCCUGAUCUAGAGCUUGCCACCCUGCGUGAACUGCCCCUUACAGCGAUACAGCAGAAUAAUACACUGUAUGCCAUGAAUAUGAUACCUACCGAUGAUGAGAUAGCUGCCCUGCCACAUUUUCGACGUGAUCAGUUGGUCCUCUGUAAAUUCCUAGGCAGCGGCGCGUUUGGAGAAGUUUUCGAGGGGGUUGCCAAGAACAUCAUUAAUGAGAGCUCUGGGGACACUAGGUGUGCUGUCAAGACCUUACGUAAAAGUGCUUCGGAUCAAGAAAAAGAUGAAUUCCUCAAAGAAGCCCUACUCAUGUCCAACUUUCACCAUGAGCAUAUUCUCAGUCUACUGGGGGUGUGCCUUGAUAAUGACCCACAGUUCAUCAUCCUGGAGCUCAUGGAAGGUGGUGAUCUACUCUCCUUCCUCCGGGCCUGUCGGCUCUCAUCGAUCCAGCAUCAGAGCCGUGUGGAGCUUUCUCUAAUGGACCUGGUUAAAAUCUGUGUCCAUGUGGCGAGUGGCUGUAAAUACCUCGAGGACAUGCACUUUGUACACAGGGACUUAGCAGCCCGAAACUGCCUAGUGAGCUCGUGUAACCCGGCAACCAUGGUGGUGAAGAUUGGAGACUUUGGUCUCGCAAGAGACAUUUACAAGAAUGAUUACUACCGUAAGGAGGGGGAGGGGCUCCUUCCUGUACGCUGGAUGUCGCCCGAGUCACUGGUGGAUGGGGUGUUCACCACACAAUCCGAUAUUUGGGCGUUUGGUGUGUUAAUGUGGGAGGUGGUUACAUUUGGGCAGCAGCCAUACCCAGCACGCACCAACAUAGAGGUGCUGCACUUUGUCCGCAGUAGUGGACGCCUUGACCGGCCAGAUAACUGUCCUGAGGACUUCUACCAGCUGAUGUGUAAGUGCUGGAGUUUUGCCCCAGAGGAUCGACCAUCAUUUGCCUACCUGCUUCAACAACUUCAGAAAUUCCACGAGACAUGCACGAGUGUGUCAGAGUACCUCAUCCCAAUAUCAUCAACAAAUAGGGCGCUAGCAGCAGCGGGUGGGUUCAACUACCUGAGUAUGAGACAAAGGAGACUGACGUCGACAUCAUCAGACGACCCUGAUUACAGACACAUCGAUCACAGUAGCUAUGGUAGCCACAAAUCAUAUGGGAAGAUUCGACGGGCGACGUCAUUUGAUUCACCUGAGCCCAAAGACGCCACCCAGCAGUUGAAGACAGAUGGGGCCAACUACUUACAGCCGAAAUCUCGCCAUGUGCCGCAGUAUAUUGAGUUUUUACCAGAAGACAGGACGGUGAAUUAUAUGUAUGAUCUGUCAGGCAAUAGGUGUCGCGACCUUGAGACAAAACCUGACAAUCUUGAGCUAAAAUCAAGCACAAAAAGCCCCAAUUAUGUUCAAACUACUGUUAAAGAGAAUUUCCCUUUGUCUGGGUCGGAGUAUGCAAAAUAUGUGAAUCAUAAGAAAAACAGUUCUUCAACUGAUCAGGAUGAUUCGGAGGUGAAGAGCAUUUUUGCUCAUCAGAAAAACAGUGCAGAUUCUGUUAUUAUGAAAUCUGUUGAAAGAAUUCCAAGUGUUCUUAGUGUAAAAAAUGGCAAUCUUGAGAGACAAAAUUCCAUGAAUUCCUGCUCAGAUACUUUUAGUUCACAAAUUAUAACUGUGCCAUCAAGCAAUUAUGCUUCAAAUACCUACAGACCACAGCCUCGCAAACAGCGCCUUGACUCGUCAAACUCGAUUAAAUCAUUUGACUCAGUUCAAACAGAACCUGCAUACAUGACUUACAACCGCUCCAAACUAUACUCCACCUCAUCAUCGAAAUCCAACUAUUCCAUGUCGAACAUCUCUGAGUCAGCUGUUGAGCAGCUUACCCCACCCACGUCAGCAGAAGUAACACCUGACCCUCGUGCUCAGCAGUUCUGGGCAAACAGCUCGAGUGAUUGUGCUAAUUUGGCCAGUAGACAGGACUUAAAAGCUCACUUGGACUAUCUCAACAUGAGUGCCAGGUCGCAGGUCUAUCCGGAGACAGCUGGACCUCUAGCGGGAUAUGACAUUGUCCAUGCAAGCCUUGUUUAGACAUAUGGCAGUAUACUGUCCAUGUAAUCCUUGUUAAGACAAAUGGUACUGUACUGUCCAUGCACAAGUAAGCCCUGUUUAAACAUACAACAUGCCCUGGCCAUGCAAGCCUUGUUUAGACAUAUGGCACUGUAUUGUCCAUGCAAGCCUUGUUUAGACAUAUGGCACUAUGGCACUGUACUAUCCAUCCAAGCCCUGUUUAGACAUAUGGCACUGUACUAUCCAUCCAAGCCUUGUUUAGACAUAUGGCACUAUGGCACUGUACUAUCCAUCAAACCUUUGUUUAGACAUAUGGCACUGUAUUGUCCAUCCAAGCCUUUAGACAUAUGGCACUAUGGCACUGUACUAUCUAUCCUAGCCUUGUUUAGACAUAUGGCACUAUGGCACUGUACUGUCCAUCAAAGCUUUGUUUAGACAUAUGGCACUGUACUGUCCAUCCAAGCUUUGUUUAGACAUGGCACUGUACUGUUCAUUUAAGCCCUGUUUAGACAUUGGUCAAUAGCCACAAGCUGGAGCAACUGCUGACACAGACAUUUCAGCAUGUAUGGUUGGGUUGAUCUUGAAACUGCAGAAAUGUCAUUAACCACACAAGCCUUGUUUAGAAUUUUGUAAACAUUGUCUCAAUAAUGGAUGUCUCACUGCCAUAUAGAUAUGUGUUAAAUACUGUAUGCAUAAUAGUGCUAAACUUUUUAUUGGUGCAUUUUGUUUAUGUUUUGUUUCUUUGUUUUUGGAUUUUUACAUUGUAAUAUGUUUUAAUUUACUAAAUUGUUUAAUAAAUCACACUUAGAUAGUGUUGAAUGCAUGUGUAAAUAUUCAGGUACUUCGUAAAGAAAUGAGUGCGUAUAAGUGAAGUCUUAUGACCCGAGUGCACAAAUAUUCCAUUCCAAUAUUGUUGCUGAAUGCCCAUAUUCAAUUUAAGAGUUUAGAAAACUCAUAUAAUGACUUAAAAUUUAAUCAUUUGGUUGCAAUUUCUUAAAAAAUGUUAUUAUCUUGAAAAAGCAUUUAAAAGCUUAUUAAAUUAUUUUAUUUAGCCAAAUUACUUAAUAUUGAUUUUACAAAUUAACAAAAUAGUUUAUUAUGAUUAUCAAAAAGAUACUUUAAGUCUCUGAACACUUCAAAAUGAGAAUAUUACACAAGUAAUAUGGCAGCAGAACAACUGGGUUUAGUUUGUCCUGAUAUAAUGGCAUAAAUAUCUUUUUAUCAAAUUCUGGCAUGGUUGCCAGUGGCAACUUGCCACUCUCAUGUUUUGUUGAAAAAAUAGAACCUACAUUUGUUCUCUGUGUAAACAAAAACCAAAUCAUUAUGUC